AUGAAGACCCUCGUGUUCUUUGCCUUCCUCGGGCUUACUGCCGCCGCUCCCACCAGCGACGACGACAAAAUCAUCGGGGGGUACGAGUGUCCUAAACACUCCACCCCCUGGAUCGUCUCACUCAACAUCGGCUACCACUUGUGUGGUGGGUCGCUCAUCAGCGAGAACUGGGUGGUGUCCGCUGCCCAUUGCUACCAGAGACAUAUGUGGGUGAUGUUGGGUAAACACGACAUCAUGGCUGUGGAAGAGACGGAGCAGUUAAUCGAAUCGGAGGUGGUUCUCCGCCACUCCCUGUACAACUCCGACACCCUGGACUACGAUAUCAUGCUGAUCAAACUGUCGCAGCCCGCCGUUCUCAACCGCAACGUGGCCGCCAUUCCGCUCCCAACGCAGUGCCCAAUGGCAGGCGAUGAGUGUCUCAUCUCCGGCUGGGGCAACACCAAGGACCCAGGGGCUGAUUACGGUGACCGGUUACAGUGUCUGAAAGCCCCCAUCGUCAGCCAGACGCUCUGCAAGAAAUCGUAUAUGGAGGUGAUCACCAACAACAUGAUAUGCCUCGGAUUCCUGGAGGGAGGCAAGGAUUCCUGCCAGGGUGACUCUGGCGGACCAGUGGUGUGUGACGGGGUGCUCCAAGGUGUGGUCUCCUGGGGCUACGGAUGCGCGGAGAGGUUUUACCGCGGUGUCAACACUCGCGUCUGCAACUUCGUCUCCUGGAUUGAGGAAACGAUGGCAGCGAAUUAA